GUCGCCCUGUCUAUUUUUCGCUGCUCCUCCGCCCCUCCCUCUCUCUGACUUUCCGUCUCUCGCUCUCUCCCCCUCCUCGUCUCGCUGUCUUUCCCUACUCCCGCGUCCCUCUCCGCCUGGCCAUCGAAGCACAUCUUCUCCGCCGAGCAGCCUCACCCCCUUUCGCCUCCCUCGCCCAAAGGGGAGGUCUCGUCUCCAGUCGAUCAUGGCCCAGAUCGUCCCACUUGGCACUCGACUCGGCUCGGUGGAGUCCGCCGGCGCCGUUCCCCUCUCGGCCCUCUAUGCCAAACAGACAGCCGUAGAUGACCGGUCUGGGCAGGCUGGCGGUCGUCGCGCCGGUGCUCACCAUGGGUCCUGGUUUGAAGGGCGUGGCGGGGACCUGGAGAGUGCGGCCGCACGGCGUCGACGCCGGCCAGUGCGCACCCGGGCCAGCUCCGGGGACCACUAUCACGGAGACCGCGAGGAGGACGAGGAGGAUGAAGAGGAGGACGGCUUCGAGGAGGAUAGCUUUAGACCGCGCUCUUUUGUGUCGUCCGCCUCGCGGCCAGCGGCCACGGGCGCCCGCUCGGAGGAUGCCGACGCGCGAGCCUUCUUUGGCAUGCUGGACGACCGGGACAUCUUGGAUUUCGGGCGGAUCUCCAUUCGGCCGGAGUUUCGUCCGGUGGCCUCGGGCGACCCGGGGCGCGCAGCCACCGAAGCAGCGGCUUCCCUUGAGGGUGGUGAUCUGUUCGCCACGCCCACCGACCCGAACGCCUUCCGCGUGGCCCCCCACUUGGCCACCGUCUUUGGGAUAAAGGUGCCUGCCUCUAUCGGAGAGCACAUUCGCGCCGUUCCAUUCGGAUUGCACCUAUCUGGAUCUCUGGCCCGCGGCCCGGGGCCCAGUCAGGAAAUGCCUGACCUGGAUGAGGAUCCGGUGGAGAUGCUCACCGGGCGAGAGCUGGCCACGACCGCCAAAAAAACACAAGCCCUUGUUCGACACCAGCUGCCCACCGCCCAGAGCAUGUCCCUGUCCGGGGACUUUGAUGACAUGGAGUACAUUGAUUCGGAUGAGGAAUUUUCCCUCGCCGAAGCCCGGGGCUCUGGGCCUGGUGGACGGGGUGGGUCCUCGUCAAGGCCCGGUGGCGGCGGCGGCGGCGGCGGGCUGGCCGACGCGCUUGAGCGCAUGGCCUCCAAGUACCAAGACUCUCGUCGCGCAGUGCAAAACACUGAUCAAGUCUUGUCGGCUAUCGCCGCCAGUGGGAAUACCUCCGACGGGGGUAUCCUUCCGGAGUAUGCCGGCCUCGAGCGUGAGGACAUGGCACGAAAUGCCUUUUUGUUGCUUCUGGCCCCGGCCUUUCACACCAAGUGGACUGGUGUCCUCGUGGCCUUCCUUCACAUGCCCUCUCUUCAGCUGAGCCUGGAGCAGCAGCAGCAGCAGCAGCAGCAGACUAUCGGCAUCACAUUCGCCCCCCAUGCCUCUCGUGCUCUGAUGGAGAAGGGCGCCGAAUUGGACCCGGACGCUGCCUCAAGUCAACAGCAGCAGCAGCAGCAGCAACAACAACAACAACAACAACAAUAUGAACAGCAGCAGGGCGUCGAUUUGGAUGGACUACUCCGCCCGGCGCCUGGUGGCGAUGCCUCCGUCCAACCUCCUGGGCGGGAUUUCGAUUAUGCCGGCAAGGAUGCCUGGCGACUACUGUGGAGUGGCCCGCAGCUGGAGGAAAUCUUCGUCUCAGCGCGCGACCUACCAGAUGAUGUGGCCCGGCGCUCUGCGACCGAGGGGGGUGACAUCUCAGUCGCUGCUGGCUCUGGACCUCUACGCGCGCGCGAUCUCAAUGACCGCGGUCGGCCGGCCGGCGGGCGGACAGUGAUCCCCUGGAAGCCCGAGCCUCUGCUCUGCCAGCGCUUUGGUCUGAAGCCCCCAGUGGCGACGGAGGCGGCGAAGGCAGCCGCAGCAACAGCAAAUGGCCAAGCAGGACCGGUGGCGACUCCUGGCUCUCGGCCGGUUGCCAAUCCCCUCCUUCAGAAGAAGGCCCCCGUGCUAUUGGGCCCCCUACCAGCGGCUCCGGCCGGGCCGUCGGUGCUGGCACUACCGGACGGCUUCUGCCCGCCGACCCCAAUGCUCUUGCGCCCGACACCUGCUCCAGCUGGUCCGGCCGCGGUCGAUGUCCCUGUGCCUGCCACCCUUGCACCCUCCACAUCGGCGCCCAUCAUGCCCGUGGCGCGCGCCGACACACCACCCUCUUCGGUGACCGAGGCGCAGGAGCCCGCUCCCCCUUCCCCCUCGGCUGCGGGUGAUGGCACUCCCCCUCCGACGGACCCUGCAGUGGGUGUCCCGGUCGCUGCCCCGUUGGAGCGGCCAUCGGUUGAUGUGGGCGCGGCGGAGUCCGCCUUUCUGGACCUUUUCAACGAGGUUUUUGGUGCCGAGAGUGAGAUCUCUGCUUCGGACCUUUCGGACUCCGACACCGAGACUAGUGCCUCCAUCGAGCCGGCUUUGCCUUUGCAGCCGGCCACCACCGCGCAGCAACCAUCCACCCAUGAACCUCCCGCACCACGAAGUGUCCCAAAUGCCCAGCAGCCAGAACCGGAGCCUUCGAAGGUCAUCAUGACUGCACCGGCUCCGUCAGACGGGCCCACUGCUCCGGCAGCCGGCCCCGCCAGCAUGACUGAUGACCUGCUACAUCUGCCACCCCUGCCGACGGUGGCUCCCGGUGAAUUGGACCUCCCCUUGGUUGCCCUGGCCGGUGAGGGCAACCUGAUGGAGCUGUUCGUGGAACGUCCGCCGGCUCGCAGCCGGGGCCGACAUCGUCGCUCUGGCAGCUCCGAGCCCGACCGUCGGGAGAGACGCCGCCAUCGGCGACGGGGCUCCCUCUCCCCGGGGCCUGAGAGCCAGGUCGAUUCGCGGAAGCGCCGACGCCGGCGUCGUCGCUCCUCCGGCUCGAGAUCUCCCUCACCCGGCGCCUCUCGAUCCUCCAAAUGAUUUCCACACCUCGAUUGCCAGUCUCUCUUUCCCUUCCCCCUCCCUCUUCACCCUUCAUGCCUUGCCCCCAUUCACUUCGCCCUUCAAUAGACCCCCGCCGAAAGCGCGCAUCCACCCGUCGGACACGACCCGGCCCCUGCCUUAUGUUGGGACAUCGCCACAAAUAAAUGGACAUCAAGCCAUGUCGCGAUGUGCGGUGUCUGCUUUGUGGUGCCUCUCCGACUCAUCAAGGAACACCCACCGGUUCUCGGCCAAGCCGGAGGCCACAUCUUCCAGGAGGAUGGCCCGGCGGGACUUGACGAACAUCGUGCGAUCGAUGACCAUCUGCCGCAAGCGGCGCAUGUAUCCGACGUCGGAGAAAUCCUCCUCGAAGGAGGCCGACCCGGAGUUCAGCAGAUGGCUGUACUGGCUGAACCGGCCAUCGGCAUCUAGGACGUCGCUGCUGGCGCUGGACUUCAUGGCCCGAACGGCGGCGGCGGCGGUGACAGUGGUGGUGCCGGCUGCCAUGCCGGCUGCGUUGGCAACCGGAAUGACGGCGCCCAUGCUGGAGAGGCCAUCAGCGACCGCGGCCAAUCCCACAUUCAGCACGUCCCCCCCGGUGCUGAUGUUGACACCGCUGCCGCUGCCGCUGUUGGCAACACCGCCGGCGAGGCCAUUCCCCGGGAGGGAAAUCGUCUCGGAGGAGGCUGACGCCGAGUGAGGGCCACUCGAGGCGCCGAGGCCGGCAUCGGUGACGCUCCGGAAGGACGUCAGCGAGGCCAGGGAUGAAGCCACCGAAGUGGAAGUCGUCGGUCCGCUCGAGGAGCUUGCUGGUGAGUAGGCCGCUCCCCCGGGGGUCAAGGAGUUGCUCAGGGUUUGGGCACUCUUUUUUUGGAGGUCCCGUUGAAGGUCGCUCUUGUAGGCAGCCAUCAGCUGGGAAGGGGAGACGCUCGAAGCAUCGGCACGGCUCGUGGGAUUUGCGGGGCCGGUGCCCCAGCCGGAGUCACUGCUGUCCGAUCCGCCAAGGGUACCGUCGCAAGGAUCACCGGAAUCCGUCUGGCCAGGCACCGGCCCUCCGCCCAAACCGUGGGGCAUAUGGUGACCCGAGCCGACGGCCAGCAGCCGCGGGGAAGGCUGGGCACGCAUCUCCAACACCCUGCUGCUUGUGGAAUUGGUGCGGGCAUGGCGAUUACUGGAUGGACCCUCGACCGGGUGAUCUUGCUCCGGGGCAGCCGCCUUCCCGGGAUGGCUUGUCCCAGAUGGGAGGUCGCUAUCGCGUGCACUGGGCUUUUGGACGCCGGCUGCAUGGCCGGCUGGCGGGUUGGCUUCCUCGGCGGUCGGCAUUAGAGUGUCGCUGUUGCCCGUCUUCAGGCCAGGGGACAUGGCUGAAGGGGUCGCGCUCUCCAAGCCGCCAUUGGCCUUGGUCUCCUUGUCGGAGGUGGGGGCCCCAGGUCGGGGAUUGCCACGGGGAAGUGACCCGCCGCCGCUGGCAUUGCCACCACCGCUCAAUACACCGCUGGUGCUGUUGCUGCCGCUGCUGCUGCUGCUGCUACUGCCGCCGCCACCGCUGCCGACCCCAACGGGCAUCUCAUAGGCCGUGGCGUCGCGGUAUUCCAGCAGCCGGCUGAGGGACUCAACGGCAUACUCCAAGUCGCGCUGGUUCGACUCAAAGAUCAACGUAUAGUUGCUCUGUGGGUCGAGAUAGUGCGCGAAGGCAUACGACCAGGCCAGGGUGUCGCGACAGCUGAGCAGCAUGUGCGCGGCGUCCAGCAGGAAUUGCACCUCGAUCCAUGUGUAAUCUGCACGAGCCUGCAGCCGGGCCAUGCGUGUGUGCACAUAGCUGAAAGCGGUCUUGCGUUCCAUGCGCGCGCUAUUUCGAUGGUUGCUGUACCGGGUGAAGUAAUGGACGUAUCUGUCCAGCGCCACACGCGAGCGGGAUUGGCUGUUUUUGUUCCCGGCAUCCAAGCCAUUGUACCGAUUGCAGGCGUAUGCGUGCGAAUGCAAGGACCAGGGCAUGAAGCAUACCCAACAGAAGUCGUGGUGGC